CUACUCCUCCUGCAGAUCGGGACAACUCCCAAUCGGGUAAGAAAUAGUUCAAUUUAAUUUUAACUAGACCGAUCUCCGCACAUUUUCCUCCGCAUUGGGAAUGCUGUCCUCUUAAAGACACUAAUGAAGACGCGGAAAGACGAUAUUUAAUUCAUUGCUGAAUUAAAGUCGCUUUUAAUUUAACGGUGGUCUUACGCAAUUCACUUUCGAAAAUUGUUUUCGACUCUUAUUAUAAACCAGAAAAUUUUAUCGCUUUUUCUAUUUCAUCUGUUAGCUUAGCGGGAACGACAAUUACAGAGUUUUUGGCGACGUAGAUAAAAUUUUUCUUUCAUACAAAAUCUUAUGUAAUUAUGCAGGUUUUUUUUCCUUUUUUGCCAAGUGCUGAUGUAAACCUAGUAGGCUGGUUCUUUCUUCUAUUUUUGUAUCUUUUCAUAACUUGUUCUCUUCGUUUUGACGUUGGUAUGCGACAAGCCCACAUUUUCGAAGUGAAAAAAGGAAAAUAUAAGAUUAUCUUGAUUGUCAGGGGUGAAAAAUAAAAUCUACUCAAUUGAGGCUCACAUGUGCGCUAAGGCUUUUUUCUGAUUAAAAUCUAAGAUGGUUGUAACCCAAUGCCCAAACGAACGUCUUUCACAGGUAUGUGAAAGAAAAUGAGGGUCGUUUCUGCAACAUUUUUCCCGCUCACUAUAAGCAUUGUAAGUUUUAAUUCUCGUUUGAAAGCUAGUAAAAGCACAUAACCUUCUCAGUGGUGCCAGUCACACGACUGUCUCGAUAGGGUCAGCCGGUUGCAGGAUGAGACGAGAAUAACAUGUUAACAUUGCGUUAUAAUUGACACAGUCAAACCUUUUUCUAAGGAUAAUGUCACUUACGACUGCCUUGAGAAAUUCCCAUCACGGAAAACACCGUGUUUAUGUAUUACUAGAACUGAACCGACUCAAUUAAGGACAUAUUCCUGUUUCGAGAGCGCUCUGGUCUCCGCCGAGUGACCGUCACCCCGUAUUCAUAACUUAAUUCUUUAUCUAUACUCCUAUACUUUAUACUCCUAUUCAUUUGAUCGUUUAUCCAUGUAUUUACCUAAUUUAACCGUCUUUGGAUCUUACAGUAGAUUUCGCUGAACAAUUUUCUCUCGUUCCUCUUCAAAGCCUUAGUUCUGUUUUCUGUACAGAAUGUAAGGGCAGUGCCCUCUAUGAGUUGAGCCUUACAACAUUGUGUAAACCAUUUUUGGGGACGAUUCUAACUGAUACGGGGCGAGAAAAUUGCCGAUUUCCAUCCCUAAAAAACUCUCGUCAUGAAAAAGGAUUUAACUGAUCGUUGAUUAUUUUAAAUUUUGAAUACGAGCCCUGGGCAAUAUUUCCGCUCGUUUUAUACGUUGAACCAUCGAAUAAGGGAUCAGUUUUCCAUUUUCCUUUUACUUUCUAUUAAGUUGUAGCAUGCGAGCAAGAAAUCAUUUCAAAAUAGCGCUUCGGCGUGAGCAUUUCUUCGCCAGCGGAAGGUACGAGGCCUUAUACAACGCAAGCUUGUGACCUCGGUAAACCUCUCUCCGACUGCCUGAUCUCAAAUUUCCCGCUUCCUGCAGCGCUAUUGGCUUGCUCGCAGGCUAGUACAUGGGUCUAGUCGUCAACAUACAUCCUUCGGCAUCAGCUGAGAAAAAUAUUGAUCUCAUAUGGCGUAUAAAAAAGACGAAAACAACACAGACACAACCAUGGAGAUGUCUUACAUGACGAACAUUAACGUAUCAGUGUAAUAACUGAGGUACAUUAAUUCUGAAAAAUAUAAAGCUUUUGUACAUGUUAAAUCUAGUCUUCAUGCAGCUUCAGUCAAGUUUGUUCUUUUCUUUUAAUUUCAUUCUCUUCUGGCACAAGUUUCAGAAAAAUAAUUCCAAUCAAUAUUCAUCCCUCCCGUGAGAUCUUUUCAACCCACUCACAGCCGCCUGAUACACCAUCUUCAGCCGGUUAAGGCAAAAGGAAAGACUGUUUCUUAGUACUGUCGGAUAGCUUCGUAAUUUGAAUAUAAUAUUAUCCCCUUCAAAAUUCCAGGAGCAAACAAACUGAAAUUGUUUUGUACAGGUAAUCGCAUGAUUUCGGGAUAAAUCAACACGAGUAACUUUUACAAAGGCUAUCUGGGCGAAUGCAAUUCAAUUGAAUUGGAUUGAUGCUCUACAACUUGUAGUAUUUGAAAAAUUUAGGAAUCUGAAAAAAUAGAGUAUCAACUCAAAGAAAUUUUUCCUUUCAGCGAGUCUUACUGGUUAGAGUGUAAUGAGAAGCGAUGAAAAUACAGUGAACACUCUACACUUUUUCACGUUAUUCUUGACAAUUUUUAUCGAUGUAGAAGGUUACUUGACAGCAGGGAAAAUAAGCAUAGAUUCGUUUGCCGUAUAAAAUCGCUCAACUCGUGCUAACCAUAACUCAAAAGUCAUGCGUUAACAUGUUGAAUUAUCAGAUAGUUCAACAAAACCAGAAACAUUGUUUUACUUGAUCAGAAGAAGCAUUCCAGUGUAUUUUUAAGCUCACAAAAAGGAAAACAAGUUGUUAUGUCUUCUUGUAGUGAUUAUUCUAUCUUAUGUGAAAUUUGAGACAUGAAUAGAAGCAGUUAUGGUUAAGCACAAUAAAGCAUAACUUAUCAUCGGAAACACGAGUUUCUCUCGUGGUUUUUAUACAAAAAAUUAUUACGAUUAUUCUACAAAACAAUGCUGUUACAUUCCGAAAAUGCGAGACUAAUGAAUAGUAUCCAAUCAUUUCAAUUUAGCUUUAUUCAUUUUUUAACACUGGCUUAAGAAUUUGGGACUGCUGAUAUGGAUUCUUCUGAUAUGGAUCGAUACAUGUAUGCACAGCAAAAUAUUUCAUUCGCAUGCAAGUGUGGCUUCACGGUUGCGAAAAGUUGUGUUCAGCUUCAAUAAUUUUAAAUUUUAGGAAUGUGUGGCCGUGAAUUGCCGCAGGGUUUUUGAAACAGUUUUGAAAAUCAUACGGAAUUACUCGUGACAUUCGUCAGUAGACGGUUGUCGACUUGUUUAUCAGUGCUAUUCAAAUCUCAGCUGUACCUUUCCAAGUAAAUCGGCGUCCAACCCUUGAAAAUAACAACAGAUCAAACAAUACCUUAGUAUCUUUUAUUCCAUGGCUGUUCAGUUCGUUUUGCAGCUUCAAACAAUGUGAACUUCGUAUUUCCUCGCUGGCGACUCAUCAAAUCAUUGAUUUCAGAGUGGUUGGACUUAGCUCAGGAAUUGCAAGUCCGUUGUAGAACAAACCAAACAAAUGAUCAAAAACAUUUUCGACGUUUACAAACCUAAACUACAAAGACAAUUCUUAAGAAUGCACAGAUACAUAUCAAAGAGUAAUUCACUUUCGGUAACUGAUCAAAGUACAUCGGGCGAUCAAUACACAAUCACUAACUUGUAUCGAAAUAUUAAACUAAGGAAUGAUUAACUUUCAUGGUAAAUCACUGCAAAGAGAUUUAAACUCUACUUCAGCGUAGACUUCAGAGACAUUACUAUUUUAUGUAAAGUUUCCAUGAUAAAAAAAAGUUUCGUAAAAAAUUGAAACGUGCACGAGUUAUUUACAAAAACGUGUUUUCGAGCUGAAUUCUCUAGUCGGCCACAACAGGGGAUAGCCAAUUGAAACUUGUCAAUAUAAAUGACUACCGAUAUGUUUUCAGAGGUAAAUAUCCUGGUUCUUGAAUUUCAAUCACUGAGACACCUCCUGAUUUAAUUUCACUCGGUGAUCUUUGUUAUAAUUCUUGUGUAUUAGACUAGACUGUGAAUGGGAAAAGGUGAAACAGAGAAGAGUCCUUCGGUUAAAGCCAAAAAGAAGCCUGGCUGAUAAAAAAAAAGACUGAAAUUAAAGAGAUUCAACGAGGAACGUCCGAAAAAUCUCACUAAAAGAGAUAAGGGCUCGUGGAUUACGCAGUCUUUGCUGCUUGCACUCGAUCAGCAUCCAUCAACCUGUUCUGGCGAGCUCAAGCCACGUACACCUUGAGAUUACUCUGACGGCAAGCGGAUUUGAACAGAAAGGCUGGUUCCCACUGGCGAUGGCGUCGUAGUCGGAGUCGUGAGAGUGCUUCCGAACCAUGCCAAGUGAAAAUCAAAAUCGGAGUCGUAAGUAGAGUCAUAAGCUCGACGGAAUCUGAGUCGAAAGAAUCACAAUGGUUUCAUUUUUAACGAUUCCGUUACGACUCCGAUGCCUAAGAUCUAGUGAAAUCUCGAUUGUUUGAUUCUUAGCUGCGAGGAUCUUAUAAUUUCAUCUCUCCACCGCAGUGCAAAUAUGUGAAUUUUCAUAUAUCUAAAAUCUUAAUUCAGUUUUCAUCGCAUCGAAGGCGACGGAGUCGUAAGCAGUAUCGAUAUUUUUCUUCCGAUUCCGAUGAUUUUCAACAGAUCGUAUCACUCUGCUCUUCUGAUUUAGACUCCGACUCCGGCUUAAUCGUAAGUGAAAACUGGCUUUACAAGAGAUAGAUAAUCCCACUUUUGUUGCAUUUCGUUUGCCCUGAUCUUAACAGUGUGGUGUGAUUUAAGCUGGUUUUGCGAUUCUAUUUUUACCUUUGACACAAGGAAUCAAAAUAUAGCAACAUGUGAUAUAACGACAGUGACUUUAGUUACCUCUUUAAAUCAAUUUAAGCAUAGCUAAUUAUAAGACAACCUUUCUCCAUUUUACAUCUCAAUUCCUAUAAAAACUUUAAAAGUCUUUGCGUCACGCAAUAUAGCACAUUCACUGAGCAUUGAGAUUGUGAGUUUGCGCUGCCUUAGAAUGUCGAAUAAUCGACACGCAACGAAGUCGAGAGGUUUGUUCGACAAUAUUCACUGGACCUCCGGCGUAUGACUGUCAAAUGAUACACAAUAUACAAUUUUUAGCAGUGAUUCGGAAGUUUUUCGCGGAAUAUUAAUGCUUGUUGAUAAUAUACGACACCGGACUCGGCCUUUUCGUUCCACAUCGAUUUCCGCUUACAAUAUUUGUCUUUAAUUAUAAUGCCACCACAACAGAAUCGGCGUACUUCUCUAAACGGGUGCAUAUGGAAUGUUCAAACUCUUCUUUUCAAGUUCUUCCGUCAUUUCAAGUUUAACAACCUGUUAGUUCUGUUUUCAGUGGGUAGCAUUCAUGGUUAACCAAGUGCACAAGUAUAAGUCCUAAUCGAUAUACUUAACGUCGUUCUAGGUGGGAGGCGGCGUGUGGUUUUAUGAGAAAGAGUGAGGUUUUUGUGAAGGCUUGACUCCGUGCCGUCUGGCUCUUGUUUUCUCUGUGCACUUCUCCAGUGCUAUUUCCGCCCUUAGCGUGCUUUACAACAGAACAGAUCACAGAAGUGAUCUACAAAUGAUGUCAAAAUGUGAUAAGAACAGAAAGUGGCACGUGAUGUUCUUACUGCACGUCAAAAAUCGUCAGCGAGAAAGAUGGCAGUAAUUUUUGAGCUUCGUUAAAUUACGGUGAAUGUAGCUUAUCAAAAUUCCGUUUUCCUCUUUUUUUCUUCUUUUUUCGCGUGCAUUUGUGCUUCUGUUUUCUUGCUGACCUGUAAUUUAAUUUUAUUUAAUGCUAAUGUCAACUGGCCGCCUGGCUCCGCUAACCCCCAUGGUUUUUCCAGGAAACCAGUACUCUAAAUUUUACUUUUAAUAUUUUCAUUAUUGUGAUUUAUUUUUGAGCAAGAGUGAGUACAAUAAAGAUUGAUUUAUCGUCUGUGAUCUAUUAUUGAACAGACGCACGACAACAUGGAAUUUUUUUUUGUUUUAUCAAAGCAAAAUGUUGUUAAUGGUGACGUCAUCUAAGCGUCUGUCCUUCAAUAGAGCAUAAGAAAGAACUAAUCAAAAUGCGUAUAUAAUUCAGCUUAUCAUACCAAAAAGGUUGAAUAAAUCCACCAGUCCCAUGCUACAGCAGUGAUAUAGCUAGUAACUAAUGUAACGAUUUUACUAUGAAUGUCUUACAAUCAUUUUCGUUAUUUGCAGGCUUUUCUUAAUUUAAUUCUUGCAAGCCUCAAAAAUGCCAUCUCUACAGUUGGGGGCCCACGAUCAUCACCGCAGCAAAGUUCCUUAUGGAAUACAAUUCAUUCGAUGGGUUACUACCGAACGAACAACGCAAGUGUAAGAAUACUUUUUUUUUCAAAAUCUAUUCUACAAAAUCUUUAACUAUCGCAAUCUAUUUAUGGGGUUACAGUGUCUAAUUCCUUUGAUUUUAUUCACUUUCACUUGACAUGCACUUCCUCAAGGGCGCACACUUUAGCAAGUGUAACUCAGAAAGAAAUAAAGCAACCACUUGUUCCUUACCUUAAAGAGGCACAUGGGCCCAGCCCGGAAUUGCGAUAUCUCGUACUUCAUGAGAGCUUGAAAGAGGUUCCUAGUUAUCGAGAUUGGAGAAAAGACAACCGGAAAUAAGACAAAAUAAGUUUUUACUGUACUAAGUCAAGUUCAAAUUAUGUAGAUUUUUAAUAAAAUAGCUUUCUCCAUUGAUCAAAUCAAGUACAUUGUAGAGACGUCGAGAGAAAUGAAACAUUUUGAAGAGGAAAAUUGGCGGUAAUGGGAUGGAAGGAAUUAUAGUGUGAUAAAAGGAAAAGAAUACACGACUGCCUCGAAAUAAAUUCAAAUGCAGUUUUGAAGUGUUACUCAUCCACACAACAAAUAUCGGUGAGGGUGAAAGAAAGAUGAAUGCACGACUGAGUCAUGAGGAUAUCGAUUUUCGUUCAAAUUGAGGAGGAUUCGAAUAGUUGAGUGUCGGCUAUUUAGGACUUUGAGAUAAUCUGGUUGAAUCAACGGAAUUGAUAUUGUGAGUUGACCUUUCACUGAUUGGAGACAGUUGCUUUGAGUAUAAAAUUACUGACUAAUUUAUUCAUUAAACCUCGCCAUUUGUUCCCCUCAGCUAUCGCACAUGGGUACUCAUUCUAACCUUCCUCGCCUAUGCUUCCUAUAAUCUUUCAAGAAAACCAAUCAGUGUCGUAAAGGUGAGAAGUACACAAUUACAAUAAUAUUAUAUACCUCUUAGUAACCGAGUUCGAGGUCUGUACUGUAAGUCACAGACCAAGUGUUUUGUACUCGGGUUUAUGAAUGCCCAAUUGCAAACCGCGCGGGGCAUAAAUCCAAGCGGAAAAACGAGGUUCCGUGACCUACAUGCAGUAAGGAGCAAGAAAACGAGGUUAGUGAGGUAUUCAUGGUAUCUCUUGGUUCAUAUAGAGGGGAAAGGUUUCAUUUCAAACAAGGUUUCAAAUUUAGCGGGUCAUACAGUAAGAUACAGCCCUCUAAAUUGACCAAUCAUAGUGUGCGUACGUAGAGGCGGUGUUACGAGCAUUUCCCACCCAAAAUUCAUUUCGGCAACUAACCAUCAAGCACAAUUUGUUUCUUGUUCAGGGAGAAUUCACAGUUCACAAUUGUACAGCUGAUAAUUUAUGCCGUGGAUGGGCACCCUUUGGUGAGUAAGUGAUAAAUUCUAAAAUGUUUGAAGAACUCCACACUUUGCACUCCGUACAUAUCAAGGAAAGUGUAAAUCCUUCUAAACUGUUGGACGGGACGUUUGACGGUGAAUUAUUACAACCACAUCUACAUAAACCUGACUGAUAAAAGGCUGCCUAAAAAAAAUUAUCUUUAAUGACGAGAUUGUGAGUAUUUACAAAGAUGAAGAAGUAAAACGUGCAGGAAAUCCAAAUCUUUUUCUUUGUUUUAUGCCUAUUUUGUCCACCAUAACUUCCUCGAGCUGGUCUGGGGGUCCUUGUAUGAUGUGUAAACUUUUUGUUUUAGAGCGGGUGUGAACUACCGCUAACUCACGAUGUUCUAUUUUUAAGUCACAGAUUCUUGUUAAAAAGAACUUUCUUUUUACCAGAUUCUCCUGCUAGUGGAGAGAAACUUCUUGGAACACUAGACGUUGCCUUCCUCUCAUCGUAUGCCAUAGGCAUGUUCUUCAGGUACAGUUUUCUGUCUCUGGUUAAUAAGGUCAAGGAGAGUGAAUCUUUCCUGUGUCCUUAGCAUUCUUUUCUAGAUCCGUCCUGAGAAAUGGAAUAGUAAAUGUUUAUGCAAUGGAAUACUGAAUAAUUCCCCUUUUGAUGUAAGGGGCCUUGUAAACCAAUUCAGUUAGAAGUGGUAUAUGUAACAUUCUAUGAGCGCGCGUUGGAUAUGUAGAGAAUAAUACAAGGGCGCGCGUAGAUACGCAUGGAGUUUCUCUUCGAGUUGAAUACCUUAUUGACUAGAAAAGUCAACUUUAUUAAUUAAUAAAAACAAUAGCAACCACAAUAACCGAAAAAAGUAAUGAAGUGCCUUGGCGUUAAAACUCAAGAUAAAGAAAAAAUGCGUUGAAUCAUUACAAAAACAAACAAUGGGCGUAACGUCCAAUUUACAAAAUUCUCAGUUAUUGACUUUUUCCUUGCCGACAGAAGAAAUCUUUUAACGGCUAAAAAAUCUUUUUUUACGGCCGAAUUCGGCUUGCUGCAAAUCUUGCAGUGGUCGAUUUUCGUUAUCAGCCACGAGAAAUGCCAGUACCAAAGCCACCGAGUUCGCGAUUUUCGGUUUUUUUUUUUGUAUUUUGAUUUCCUUCAUCUUCUAGGAGAUUUCGAACGUCAUUGUCUGUAUGUCAUGUGCCAUACAAAUUUUUAAGUGUUUCAGCAACCGUUAUCCGAGAAAAUUUCAAAAAACGACCUUGGAGUGAGAAUGGUGAAGGCUUUGCCAUUUAUUCAUCAACAUGACAGAGUCGCGCGAAAGACGAGUGACGUGUCAGCAGCUGAUUGGCGACGUCAAACACAUGAAAAAUUAUCGUAUUUUUCAAUGGAAAUCCUCGUAUAACACCACUGUUUCAGAUAUGUUAAAAGACGGUAAAUAACCAACGAGGAACAUAGCGCUAAGUUGGCUAUCUCUAAUCUAGUAUCCAAAAAGCGGGAAUGGAAUAUCUGUUUUAUCAAAUGUUAUUAAAUUCUGAACGUUUGGUUACUUGGAGCCUAUUUUCAAAUCUGCAACAAUUGGUGCAAUACAUUUCCAUACAAGGUGAUUCGCAAUAUGUGCUGAUUGCCGGAGUUGCGUGAGCCAAUCAGAACACUAGAAAUGCAAUAUUAUGAGUUGAACAUUUAUAAACAAUGUUAUUUACCGACUAUUCAGUUUCUCCUUGCAGUGGCUAUCUCGCUGAGCACAUAGACCUGAGGUAUUUUCUGACCUUCGGCAUGAUGUUCAGUGGAUUUUUUUCCGUGCUCUUUGGUUUGGGAUAUUUCUACAAGGUUCACAACUUUGAGUAUUAUUUUUUCAUUCAGGUAAGUACUCCUCGUAUUUAUUUGUUGAAACAUCGUUUUGAAAUUGCAAAUUUUGAUGUCAUAAUACUUUACAGAGUAAAGUGGGAUGCAAGAGCAUUUGGAAAAAUGUUGAUAGCAAAAUGAAGUCAACCUCAAGCCAAGUAGAAUAUGUUUGCGAUGAAUGAAAAAAAUAUACAUAGAAUAGAUGUUGCUACGCAGUUGGUUUUGAUUCAUGUAAGUGGUCAAAUGCAUCGAUGGCCGGCUGCAUCCGGGAGAUAUUCCUCGAUUCUUCACUCUUCACAAAAAAAUCAAUUUGACUUUUCCUAACUUCUCUUUUAGCUGUUCGCGGGAUUUUUCCAGGUGAGUAGAUAAAUGAUUGUUAGCUUUGUUGACAAUGAUCUCAUGUUGUUCAUGUCUGUUUAUGUAAUUUUUUUUACUAAAACAAGCAAACCAAAAGUGGUACUAAGUCUAUGAAUUAAUUCUGUUUUAACAGAGUACCGGUUUGCCCACUGUAGUUGAGUGUGUAGGCAACUGGAUAGGGAAAAGGAGGUAAGAAACGUUGUAAACCUUCUAUAACUGGUGAGCUAGAAACUUCUUUGCUUAGAUACGAGGAAUUCUUUAUACUUUAGUUAGAAGAAUUAAGAACUGAUUUUUGUUGUUCAGUACGUUCAUAUGAAAUAUUCCAAGCUCAUUUGCAAUAGUUCUCAUGAGGUACUCAAGGUUUUCUGAGCGGUUUCAUCACGUAAAAUAGAUGUUCAUGAUCCAUAUGCUUAAAUGAACUCGUUGAGGUCCACGAAUUGCCACGGAGAGUUUCGAUCGACAAAUUCUAUUGUUUUUUCACUGUGUACCAUUGCAGACCGGAUUUUACAUCUUUCCAUUCCAUUAAAUGAGCCUUAUGAACUCGGCGUUAAUCGAAUGUUAAUCUCUCCAUGGAGUCCCAUACAGCGAGCAGGAACUUCAUCAUUAUCAGGGAAAAAUGAAGCUCCAUAGGGCUCAAAGUAGCUAAACAGAGUUCAGUGGAAUUCUAUAGGCUCUCUUAGUUCUAUGCAGCAUGGGUCUAGGGAUCUUCACAAAGAUUUUCAUAGAGCUAUAGUCAGUGUUACGUGUUCCGAGGGCUAAAUUCCAUGGAAUUCUAUAAAAGUCAAUGAAAUCCAAGAGUACAUUUGAAGAGCAUGAUGUACCUGUUAAAUAGAUGUACAGUUACGCUCAUCAUGUUUUAGUCACGGCUAUACUGAUGUCAAUGAUCCUUUGCAGACGUGGUUUCAUAAUGGGAAUUUGGAAUUCUCACAAAUCCGUUGGAGCUAUCUUAGGAUCCAACAUCGCUGGCAUCUGGGCUAGUGACCAAUGGUAAGGGCCGGGAUAUGAUUUAGGUCACAAACAAUAACAAUGCUGAUAACUAUUGCUUCGACUUUGUCUUUGUGAUGACAUUUAGCUUGACGUUAAUAUUACACUUUUUAACAGGGGAUACUCGUUUCUUGUACCUGGUUGUAUCAUUGGUGGAGUGGCAAUCGUUGUGUUUUUGUUCCUCGUUGUAGGUACGUUUUACGCCUUAACCCGUGUCAGUGAUAGUAUGUUUACGAGAACUUCGUCAAUUGAACAGCUGCACAGUGGAAGAUCCUUAAAUUCUUCACUUAGUGCUUUCCUCUUAACAGAUCUUUGAGAAUCCUGCUGUAAAGGACCAGGAUCUGGUGUUAAGGAUCAUAUAGGGUUCUGCAAAGAUGAUAGAACGCUUAUUUAGGAUAUCUGUUGAAUACGUCUUUUUUCCCAGAUCCUAUUGAUGUGGACUGCCCAUCUCCGCAGAGACAAUCUAAAGAGGUCUGAGCUAAUAACCUUCUACUUCACCUUUGACUUAGUAUUCCUGGUGAUACCAUGCUGUUGCGUUUCGAGAUUAAUUAUUUUCACUACUUUGUCCCCUUGAAGUGGUCCCCUCUUCAAAUCUGAUUAUUACCUUUGUUUUCUGCAGUCCUUUCCUGUUUAUGCUACAUUUAGUACGAAAGUUGAUGUCAGAAAUCCAGCCCACCAGGAUGGCUUGGUGAGUACUCCUCUAUGUUAGGGAAUGGGAAUUUUUUUUUUACAAUUCGAUCGUGAUUUGUUCUUCGGCUAAGUGUUACAGUGGUAUAUGUGAUAAUUCUUUCAGAUGAAAUAUUUUCAGGAUCCGUUUUCACUAUAACAUUCUUCACGUUUUCAAACCUCAUUGACAAGAAACAACCCAAGGUCAUACAAAGAAUUCGUUGUUACUUCAUAUUCGUUAUAACUAUAACUUCACAUUGUUAUUAACAAUUUUCAGAUUUCGAAUGAUUCGUCAAGUUCAGUUUUUUUGUCGUUUUCGUCUUCGUCAUCACUUUCGUCUCAUGAGGAACCCGAUGCUAUAAGCCUCUGGAAAGCAAUUCUUAUUCCAGUAAGUUAACUCAAAAUUUCCUUAUGAUUCUAAAGAGAAUGCUGAACAGGGCUCUAUGGGUUUAGAGAUACUACGGUAUGAAACUUGUGACGGUAGGCAAAUGACGUGAUCGAACGAGAACAGCUUUGACUUUUCAAAUAACGUCUCCGUUGGAGUUAGAGCUAUAUUUGAAGUUUAAAUUGCCUUAAUAUGUGAAAUGGUCUACAUAAGUCUGCCACUGAAGAGAGCUUCACACUACCAAACAGCAGGCCAAACACAUUUAGUUUCGAUCUCCAGAGUGCGUUUGUUUUUCCCAUUACGUCACAGAGGUGUAUGUAUCAUCAAACAUUUACCUAAUACCAUACUGAUACCAAAUCACGAGCUUUUAUUUAAAACAUCUUUUCUAAAUGUUCUUGGGGAGCUUGACACAAAAUCUAUGCCUAAUGGAACACAAAAAUCUUCUUCCCUUCUUUGAAUUUGCAGGGAGUGAUUGAGUACUCGUUCUGUUUGUUCUUUGCCAAACUGGUCAGUCUAACAUUCCUGUUUUGGUUGCCAUUUUACAUAGAAAACACGAGUAAGUUUUUACGUUUUUCCUCUCUUUGCUGUCAUUUGAUUCAAAAAAGGACGAAAAUUUCGGAAGGGAACACCGACUAUCAAUCGUAUGAGUUAGAGGUUAAGAUGGAGCCUCUGCACUGUUUCUUUAUACCAGGUUUUUUAAGUCUCGGUCGCUGUUUCCACUCUGAAUCAAAUGGAACUAGUAAACUGAGCAUAAAGAAGCAGUACCAUAUGUCUUUUCUUUUCAUGCAACGAAUCUUGGAUAACCUCCCACGAUAUGGGCCAAACUUCGUUUACUUUAAGUUUUGAAAUCACGCGUAUGAUUUCAGCCCAAAUUGCACUCCACUCAGUUCAAUUACCAUUAUUUAUUAAAAAGGAGAAUCUUAACUUACUUUUUAAUUUUCUUGGGGAGCUGGAAGCGCCAUGCUGUUUGGCUUUACUUGUCAUUAUGAACGUAAUAUGCAAUCAAACUGCUUCGAAUCGUUAUACAUAUUAUUGUUGUGAGAACACUAUACAUUAAAUUUUAAAGCGAAAUAAAUCCCAACUUGCUUAGGGAAAUAUCUGUACAAAUUGAGUCAGUGAGUGCACAGUGUGGCCCUUUUGGAAAGUUAAUAACCCAUAUCUAAAUUCAUUUUAUGUCUUGUUUCCUUUUUUCUUCAGAAAUUGGUGGUGAAUUUCAUGACGUACGUUUGUCUGCAGAGUUGUCCGCUUUCUUCGAUGUAGGAGGAAUGAUAGGUUGGUGAAAGUUGUAUUAGGGAAUUUUAGAUCUACGUUUGUUUCUGAAUACGUGUGACCGCAAACUCUAGGAGUCACGUGACUAGACUCCAGCGGUUCAUGUUCGCCGUUUGCCGUCAACGCUAGAACUUUGGACAAGGCAGUUUAGGGUUAUGGAAUCCUUCGACACUUUUUUUCUUCCUGUUCGAAAGUUCUCACGUAUGUCCUAUAAGUAUAUGUGAAGUGAAGUCUUUUCUUUUAAUUCAAGGUGGCAGCGCACAUGUUGAUUUUUUCAGGUGAGAGCCGAGGUCGAUCUAAAAAGCCGAAAGUCACGAAACUUCUAACCUCUAACCAUAAACUGCCAACCAUGGUUUGACGUUUGCGCUGAACACACCAAACGUGGAUCUAAAACUCUCUAUUAACAAAAAUCCUCCAGGUUUUUGAGUCCAGGUUUGCGUUGACUAACUGCAUGGCCUGAGUUUAUUUCAACCUGGAGCUGGGUUCGGCUGUGUGAAAUGAGGCCUACCUGCAAAUGAACUAAAGCAAAUAUCUGCAAAUGACCCCGGCAACGCUUCGCUAUUUUCAUCACUAUUUCCUGACGACUUGAAGCUUGGCUGAAUCAUAUCUUUUGUCAUCUCACUAAUCUCCAAUGUCUCCCGCUUCGUUUCUUUAGUUCGCACAGCUUUUUAGGAUAGCAGAGAUUUAUAUGACAGGAUUUUAUAUGCGAACCAUUUUGCUCAUUUUUAGGAGGAAUCUUGGCUGGAUACAUCUCUGACAAAACUGGCUGCAGUGGGAUUGUUGUUGCGGUUAUGUUGUUUUGUGCAGGGCCAGUGGUGAGUUUUCUGCAUGUGCAUGUUUUAUCUUGAGGUAACGAUUAAAUAUAUUUAUCUGACUUCCAACUUUCUUGUAGCUCUUUUUUUAUAGAUUCCUUUCAAAUUUUAACAUAACAGCGAAUAUUGGUAAGUUUUUAUCAGAUAUUUCUUGAGAACUGAGUAAUAUCAUACGUCUUUGGUUAGAUCCCAGUAAUUCUGCUGUUACCUGUUCCGUUGUUCUUUUGCAAUCAUACUGAGCCAAACUAAGCUUUUCUGUCAGUAUAUCUUAAUGUCAGUUCCUUCGUCUGUAUAUCUGUCCUCUUUUGUUCACAGUCAGUCUACUUCAUUUAGAUCGUCGUAAAUGGAGUACUCAGUUAGGAAAUAUUAUUUUGAAGCGUAGCUGUCUAUAAUAGAAUCGUAUGUGCAGCUUAUAAUGCCAAACUUUUCUUGUCUCGCCUUAUUGAUGAUCGAUCUCUGGUUUUAGGUUUGAUGAUUAUUACGGGAAUUUUGGUGAAUGGUCCUUAUUCUUUAAUAACAACGGCGGUAUCAGCCAAUUUAGUAAGUUGACGUACACUUUACCUUUUAUGAUAAUAUAUCACGACAAAUAAGGAGACGUCGUUGAAGGACAUCGCUCAUUUCGGAACCAAUAACAAAUGUGCAGCUCAUUCAAGAAGAUGCCUUGGUGCAUCGCUGCAUGACCCAACCUUAGCGAAUUUUACCCCUCCCUUCCAAUCAAAACUCACAAUAUACGAUCGACUCUCUUUGGCUUAUAAUUAACGACUCACCUACUGAUAUUGCGAGAGCCUUAAAACUUGCGCCACAAAAAUUCGAAAAUAAACUGAAAUGUUUGUGCUGCCCGAUAAGAUGUGGCCUAUUAUAUAAUGGAUUGAGUCAAGCGAAAGUUGAUUCGUCAUAUCUAGUUAAUCCUCUCGGGUAAUUUUUUUUAAUCACUCCCACUUUUGGUGAUACAGGGGCAUCUCUAAAAACCAAUCCUGUCUUGCAAAUUGUGCUUACGUGGACAUCCCAAACGGUAACUGUUCGUUCUGACUAAAACAUUUGCAAUUGGGACCUUACGCAAAGCAGGAUGGCGACGGCAACGAGAAAGAUAUGAAAAAAAUACAAGAUUUAAAGAACAGAACUGUGCCUCAUUGCUAAGCCGUUGUGCAGUCUAAGAAAGCCAAUCCCCGUCAGCACUUUUUUCAUGUUUGUUUAUAGAAAUCAGGGACGCUUUUACAUGCCACACUUACGAAACUCAUACGGCAAAUGGAUGUUAAUUUUUUAACGAUGUCUUUCUUAGCGUUGCCCUCGUGACUGCGUAAGGUCAAGUAAGUAAGGCAUGAACUACAUGAGACAUUAUUCUCUAGGGAUUAAUUCCAUGUAUCAUCAUUAUUCUGCUCUCGUUGAAAUGAUUGAAAUCUAUGGAUACGAAAGUAUGAUUGCAUUUGUAUUUCAGGGUUCACACCCAUGUAUUAAAGGCAACAAAAAAGCAAUGGCCAUGGUAACUGCUAUCAUCGGCGGCACAGGUUCCUUGGGUGAGGCCAAAAGUCAUAUUUAGAUUUACUAGUCGGAUUUUUUAUUGAAUCAUUUUUUAUUUACUUUAUUUGGUCAGAUUUACUAGUAUCUUCAACUUAGUCUUAAUUAAAAGGAGUCCAUGAGUUUAAAUUAGGGUAUGGUGGAGAAGGAACGAAAGCAGUUUUAAAGAGUUUUCUUUUCCAAAACUGAGCCCAUUUCUUAACCACACUGUGUGUCUCCUCCACAGGUGCUACCCUUGGGCCUCUCUUAACGGGUUUCAUCGCGCCUAAGGUAGUUCUCUGUCUCCUUUGUAGUCUCUAUAUGAUCGUUUCCUUCCAUUUGGGAGGGAAGUGAAUCACAAGGAAAAUUGAAGUUGUCCGGUUAGUGUAGCUCACUUAGGAACUUGAGGUUGUAGUGCUACAUCGAAGUUCAGUAUUAAUUACAUUAAUCCUUGAUAACAUUACUUUUAAGAAUUCAGUACUUUAUAUUAAAAUGAGUGAUUUUUUUUUCGUUAUCCUAGGGAUGGGACAACGUAUUUUUUAUGCUCAUUGGUGCUGACGUUCUAGCGGCCGUUGUAAGUCGAUAUAGAUUAGUAAGGAAUGUUUACUGUUUUUAAUGAAGGUUUUACUCGGCGCGUGUAUCCCGUCAGUCUAUCUUAGGAAAGAUCAGUGACAGCAACAAACCGUUACUUUGUCGCCUCUGAGUCAAUUAGUGACAAUCGUCUUUGUCAGUACCACCUUUAAAAAAAAAUAUUUAGCAAAAGCGAAGCAAGUCUCAGCUGGAAAAUGAUUUUUGACUGGACUUCCUCGGUUAUUGUGUAGAUUAUGUUAAUCUGAAUAUAAAAAUUCUCCCCUUUUGAAAAUCAACCGAAAUCCAUUCUGAAUAGAGAAGAGACUCGAACUGACAAUUGGUACUCCAUUGAUAACCGGUAGUUUCUGGGUGAAGCCUUUAUUGACUACAGACUGAUUUUGACUGCAAACUCACUCCAGGUUGUAAGUUCCCGAUUUUAACGCUGAUCACUGACACACACUUGUGACACACACUUGUGACACACACUUGUGACACACACUUGUGACACACUUGUGACACACACUUGUGACACACUGACUUUGAAUUCAUUCUGCUUCUAGUGUUAGGAUUCCCUAACAAUGUUAUUCGGUUGGUUCUUGCAGCUUCUCGUCAGACAAGUGUGGUUUGAAUUAAGCCAGCAUUGUUUUCAAAGCAGGUACAAGACAGAAAUACUUCAUACGCGAUUCCAGUUAUCAAUUGAUGUUACAACUAAUUGCGGUAAUGUCGUCAUCCAAAAAAGCAAAAAGGAAAAAGGCAAACUCGAAUUAAUUAGCUAAUAAUGUACAUGAAAAAAUUUACGCUUUUGGCUGAAAACGAGUGCAUUCUCAUGUAAAACGAGUGCAAAAUACAAACAGCGCUUACACGCUUUCAAAAUUUCGUCUGUCUUAACUUUCUGCGAUGUUUUUUCAUGUACAUUAAUAACAAAUAAUGACAUGAUUUCUCUUGCAGUUUUGUAUAAUAAGCACUUGUAAAUUUUUCAAAGAAUUGCGCUUGCCCGACGGGCUCGUGCAAUUUUAUUGUCUGUGGAAAAUUUACUCGCCUGAAAUUUUUUCUCUUUAUUUCUAGAUGGCUGUAAUAACAGUCUGCCUGAGCGCCACAAUUUUAUUGGCCUUUUAGCUAUCAAGUGCUACCCCUUGUAGAUAACGAGCUACUUACUUAAAUUCCAAAAUAUGAAGCUCUUUUGUGCAGCUCACGAAAGAACGGAAGAAUCGGAUAGUUUGCUAAUCGUCUGUCAAAGCGAAGCUAAAAUCACUUGGCCAUCAGAAUACGAAAAGUGAUGGUUUUUGGAUGGAUACUUUUUCCAAUUUGCCCUAUUCUCCUUCUAAUUUAAAAAACGACUACAGUAGUACAUCUAGACAAUGGUUUCCAUUGGAUGUUAUCUUUGUAAAAAUUAAUUUUGUUGUAUUUUCUUUCUCUCAGAAGAAAGCGAGAAUGUUUGCCAUAUUUGGAGUCUAGCAAGGUGAAUUCGAUUAAUUGGAAGAAACCAAGCGAAAACAGCAAAGUUAGCGAUAAGAGUACUGGAAGCGAAGAAGAACCACUUUUAUACAUUGACUAACAUGCCAGAGAAAAAUAAUCGUAAUUGUACAUGUUUUUUGAGUAACUAAGCUUGAAAAAGAGGGAAUUACAACGAAGCAAUAGAACAAUCAGGGCUUAGAGUAGUACAUGUGGCUGCUGUCAUCGGAGGAAAUGACUGCUUGCUCACAUUAGUAAAGACCCUCUAGGUUCUGAUCGGUUGCUUCACCAAAGAAUAUUCGUUUACGCCGUAGAGUCAACGGCCAACUGUAAUGGUUUACUAUUUUAUACAAAGAGAGAAAAUAAUAAAGAGAACAUGAUUUGAACCGUUGGCAUUAGGAAGAAUGAAAGUUUUGAUGGCAUGGAAAGUGAAGUUUUUUAUGUUAUAAAAAUCAUGAAUCGUAUUUGUUUAUUGGCAGUAGGUAGUUGCAGGGGCUAAGAAAUCUGGUGCAAGCUGUUUCUCUUUUAGAUGGAGUCCUUCAUAAGCCCCAUGGCACUUCACUUGUUCGCAGUUUUAUAAAUUUUGACUUCGUCUUCUCUCCUACAAACAUGAAGCAAAAUUCACUUAGAAAUCAUUAGUCGUUGCUAUAAUUUGAUGUCAAAUCGAUACCAUAUAUUAUCAUUUUAAUAAUUUUUUUUAAACUAGAACUUUCAUGUAUCUUCAAAACUUGGAGCUAUUAGUUACGUACAUUUCACAAAAAUUUGGUAAUAUCAUAGUAUAUCUGAGGAAAUAUUGUAGAAAAAGAAAAUAGUUGUUUUAGAGAUGA